CCGGUAACGGUCGGUGCGGGUUCAAAUGAGCCGCGGCCGGGCCGGGCCCCGCCGUGACUCGCUCUGAGCCGGGCCGGGACCGGGGCCACCCCGCUCGGGCUCAACGACCAGGAGGCGGAGGCCGGGGAGAGCAGGAUGACGGUGCUGCAGGAACCCGUCCAGGCUGCUAUCUGGCAAGCACUGAACCACUACGCCUAUCGCGAUGCCGUGUUCCUCGCAGAAAGGUUAUAUGCUGAAGUUCACUCAGAAGAAGCACUGUUUUUACUGGCAACGUGUUACUACCGCUCAGGAAAGGCCUACAAAGCUUACAGGCUCCUAAAGGGACACAGCUGUACCACCCCACAGUGUAAAUAUCUGCUUGCAAAAUGUUGUGUGGACCUCAGCAAGCUUGCAGAAGGAGAGCAGAUCUUGUCUGGUGGAGUGUUGAAUAAACAGAAAAGCCAUGAUGACAUUGUUAUGGAGUUUGGUGAUUCUGCAUGCUUUACACUCUCCUUACUGGGACAUGUCUACUGCAAGACAGACCGGCUUGCCAAAGGAUCAGAAUGUUACCAAAAGAGCCUUAGUUUAAAUCCUUUCCUCUGGUCCCCUUUUGAAUCACUAUGUGAAAUAGGUGAAAAGCCAGACCCUGACCAAACAUUUAAAUUAACAUCCUUACAGAAUUUCAGCAGCUGUCUGCCCAACACUUGCACAACAGUGGUGUCCAAUCACAACAUAUCCCAUAGACAGCCUGAGAGUGUCCUCAUGGAGACACCCCAGGACACAAUUGAAUUGAACAGAAUCAACCUAGAGUCCUCCAAUUCAAAGUAUUCCUCCUUGAAUUCAGAUUCCUCCAUGUCUUACAUUGACUCGGCUGUGAUUUCCUCAGAUUCUGUCCCUCUGGGGUCAGGAACUGCCAUCUUGUCCAAACAGGCUCAAAAUAAACCAAAAACUGGACGGAGUUUACUGGGGGGACCUGCAGCUUUGAGCCCACUCACUCCAAGCUUUGGAAUUUUGCCACUAGAAACCCCAAGCCCUGGAGAUGGAUCCUAUUUACAGAACUACACCAACUCCUCCUCUGUCAUCGAUGUGCCAUCCACCGGAGCACCUUCAAAGAAGAAACUCUGUGUUGUGCAGGCUGUCAGCAGGAUCAGCCAGGCUGGAACAAAAUCUGUUUUCUCCCAGAGUGGGAACAGCCGGGAAGUCACUCCAGUCCUUGUUGCACAAACACAGAGCUCUGGUCCCCAGACAAGUACAACACCUCAGGUAUUGAGCCCAACCAUUGCUGCUCCACCCAACGCGCUGCCUCGGCGAAGCUCUCGCCUCUUCACCAGUGAUAGCUCCACAACCAAGGAAAAUAGCAAAAAAUUAAAAAUGAAGUUUCCACCUAAGAUUCCAAACAGAAAAACGAAAAGUAAAACAAAUAAGGGAGGAAUAACUCAACCAAACUUAAAUGACAGUUUGGAAAUUACCAAACUGGACUCUUCCAUCAUUUCAGAAGGGAAAAUUUCCACGGUUGCACCACAAAUCCAAGCUUUCACGCUACAGAAGGCAGCAGCAGAAGGUUUGAUGAGCCUUCUCCGGGACAUGGGGAAAGGUUAUUUGGCCUUGUGCUCAUACAACUGCAAAGAAGCCAUCAAUAUUUUGAGCCAUUUGCCAUCCCACCACUACAACACAGGCUGGGUGCUGUGCCAAAUUGGGAGAGCUUACUUUGAGCUGGCAGAGUACAUGCAGGCUGAGAGAAUAUUUUCAGAAGUGAGGAGGAUUGAAAACUACAGAGUAGAAGGCAUGGAAAUCUAUUCAACAACACUCUGGCAUCUGCAGAAAGAUGUUGCCCUUUCAGUUCUUUCUAAGGAUUUGACAGACAUGGAUAAAAACUCACCAGAGGCCUGGUGUGCAGCAGGAAACUGCUUCAGCUUGCAGAGGGAGCACGACAUUGCCAUCAAGUUCUUCCAGAGGGCCAUCCAGGUGGAUCCAAACUAUGCCUAUGCCUACACCCUGCUGGGCCACGAGUUUGUGUUGACAGAGGAGCUGGACAAGGCUCUGGCCUGUUUCAGAAACGCCAUCAGGGUCAACCCCCGGCACUACAACGCCUGGUACGGGUUGGGAAUGAUUUAUUACAAACAGGAGAAGUUCAGUCUGGCAGAAAUGCAUUUCCAGAAAGCACUUGAUAUCAACCCCCAGAGCUCAGUCCUGCUGUGUCACAUUGGAGUAGUCCAACACGCACUGAAAAAAUCUGAGAAGGCUUUGGACACUUUGAACAAAGCAAUCAACAUCGACCCCAAGAACCCACUAUGCAAAUUCCACAGAGCCUCGGUGUUGUUUGCAAAUGAGAAGUACAAGUCGGCUUUGCAAGAACUUGAAGAACUGAAACAGAUUGUUCCCAAAGAGUCUCUUGUUUACUUUUUAAUAGGAAAGGUUUAUAAAAAGCUGGGUCAGACACAUCUGGCCCUAAUGAAUUUCUCCUGGGCAAUGGACCUGGAUCCCAAAGGAGCCAACAACCAGAUCAAGGAGGCCAUAGACAAACGUUACCUGCCCGACGACGAGGAGCCCAUCACGCGCGAGGAGCAGAUCAGCGAGUGCUACCCCUACGAGUCAGUGGGCACAGACGAGUCCCAGGAGAGCAGCAUGACGGACGCGGAUGACACGCAGCUCCACGCCGUGGAAAGUGAUGAAUUUUAACCUCCAAGAGCCAGUGUCUGAGCUUGAGUGUGUGUGACUGGUACUGUCGUGUUCUCCCCUUCCUUGGCAUCCUGGGUUCUACAUCUCUGAGCCAGCACUGUCGUUGUUCUCCACUGACACCACGAGUGCACCUCAGACCUGAACUUAGCAGAGUUCAUGGCAGUGCAAUAUCCAGCUGCUGCUGAGUCUGACUAGUUGGCUCUUACACAUUUAUGGCAGUGACUGAGGAGAAAAUGCUGGUUUUGAACUCCCCCCUUGCUGGAAAAAAAUAUCAUGGAAGACAGACUUGUGCUUUGAUGUAUGGAAGCCAGUAGAUGUGGGGAUAGUACUAAUGACGAGGUGUCUUGUUCUUUUUCCAGAAAUGUGUCUUAGUUUGGGUCUUUCUUGGUAAGCAGAGUGCUGAACCUCAUUUCCAAGUUCUCCGAGGACAGUGUUGACAAACAGGCUGUUCAAGACUUUUGCAUAUUGUAGUGUAACUUAAAUGCCAGGGAGUGUCAAUGACCUUAAAGCUGCAGUGUCUCCAGUGAGCAAGCAGGACUGGGCGUGUGUCAGGCCACGUGAAACAGCCCUGUCCCUGCCCAGGGUGCAGCUGCAGGAGAAUCACAUUGCAGGAUCAGAGCUUUCAUCAAAUGCUUUCAUGUUCUAACCAUGAGUUAAUUUAUUCACCCGGUUUUGGAAAGGUCAGUGUUUACUUUGUAUUUCUGUCAGCACCACCUUGCUUCAUUUUUCAUGCACCCCUUGACUUGUUCUUCCCCUUUUGAAGAAUAAAAAUUAAUAAAGGGAAAAAAAUCAAGAGAGAAAUGUAGAUACAAGUGUAAUGUGAAACAUCAAAUCCUUAAUCCUGUGAGAGUGGGAAGACUGGAAGCCUUAAUACAAUCAGAACCUUGGUCAAAUGCAUCAAAUAAUUGUCUCAGAUCAGUAUCUCCUUAGGUCUGCUAUCACUUUGAAAACUAUUUUGUAAAGUGUGGUCCAAGCAGGAUGCAAAAAUGUGCAAUUAUUUGUCUUUUUCCUUAUUUUUUUAAGCUGUUCUUUCAGUUUCCCAUUCUAGGAACACUUUCCUUUCCUCGAGGGUCUGUUUCUGAGAGGAGAAAGCUGUGCCACGUUAGUGAGUCCAAACUGCUCUCUGUAGCAUUCUGCAGCAGCAAUUGGUGCCCUUUGUGCAGUGAUGAUAAAGAAAGUGUAUGAUACAAGCAGUUUUAAAGAGCAAUUUAUGCCUAAUAAAUUGGGAAUGAUACAAA